AUGGCUAAAUCCCGUCCCGAUCCCAUAAUCUUCGAGCCCAAAGUGGCGCCCGAUUCUCCUGAACAGGCCUCGGCCGUCAUCUUCCUCCAUGGCUUAAACGAUGACGGCGAGUCCUUUCGUGAUCUCGUCAACCAGUACCAACACGCAGAUAAGCUGCCUCAUACGCUCUGGGUCCUGCCCACGGCCGCCGAGCGCAGCGACGCCAUGAUGCGCGCCUGGUACCGGCCGCCCAAGCUCACCCCGCGCCCGCCGCCCCGCCCGGAGCUCGAGGACGAGGACGACUACGAGGGCAUCAUGGAGACCUGCCGGUACGUCAUCGCCAUCGUGCAGGACCUCAACGGCCGGGGCAUUCCCACGCACCGCAUCGCCGUCGGCGGCUUCAGCCAGGGCUGCGCCGUGGCGCUGGUGCUCGGCCUCGCGUCCGCCUACGCCGGCCGCUUCGCCGGCGUCUUUGGCCUGAUGGGCUACCUCCCGCUGGCGGCCAGGCUGGACAGCGUGCGGGAGGAGCUCGCGCCCGGGGCGAGCGUGGUGGAGCAGCCGGUGCUCAUCACGCGCGGGACCCGGGACAUGCUGCUGCCGGCCCGGUACUUUCAGGCGUGCUCCGAUGUGCUGGACCGGCUGCAGAUUCGCAAGGUAGACAGGCACGAGUAUGAUAUUGGACACGAGGUGCACGGAGAGGGGCUGGCAGACUUGUGCACGUUUUUGCAGGAGAGAUGCGGGUUUUAA